AUGGCGGACCUCCCGGCGCACGCCUCGCCAAAACUUCCCCCGCAGUCCCUCGCUCCGACCAGCGGCCUCGAUGGCCUGCCAGACGACACCAGCCAGGGCAGUGGCCUCGCGACAGGCGAACAAACCCCAGCACUCCCAGAUUCCCUCUUAUCACCUGCAUUCACCCCACCUGCAACUCCCGGCGGAACAUUGAAUCUGAGCUCGAAUCCAACCAAAGCCCUCCAUGAAAGCCAAUCCGCGAGUAUCCGACACCAUGGCGAACACGCCAAAGCACCCAAGUUACUUCCGCAGCUUCCCCAAGUGGAGUGUCUUGUCCGAGCACGAAUUCCAACAACCAACGGGGCCGAAAUGUUCCUUCACCUCUAUCAUAACGACCUGGACAACAAAGAGCACCUGGCCAUUGUAUUCGGUAACAAGAUCCGAAGCCGCAGCUUAGAUCGGGUGUAUCCCGGGGAAACUGAGAUGGACCGCAUGAUCCGAGGCGCAUAUGUGGGCAAACUGCACCCGGGGCGAGUGAGUAGCUGGUUUGACGAUGAUGAAUCACAAGCAGAAGGCUCAACGAGGGUAGAGCCGCCGCUGGUACGAAUCCAUUCGGAAUGCUACACAGGCGAGACGGCGUGGUCAGCCCGAUGCGACUGUGGUGAACAGCUGGAUGAAGCUGCGCGGUUGAUGUCCUUCCCGGUCGAGGACUUGGCUUCUGACGCACCUCCCGAGGCACAGUCCCUGCGAUCGCAUUCUGCCGGCGGCGUCAUUAUCUACUUGCGACAGGAAGGUCGAGGAAUCGGAUCUGACACAGUCGAAGCGAACCUACUGCUCCGACACCCGGCGGAUGCUCGAAGCUAUGGAUUGGCGACGGCCAUGCUGAUGGAUCUGGGUUGCGGAGCAGAUGUCAACCCAGAAGGUGUUCGCUUGCUCACCAAUAACCCUGACAAGGUCCGGGCCAUUGAGGGACUGAAUCGUGAAGUAUUGGUUAAAGAACGGGUGCCUAUGAUUCCUCUUGCUUGGCGUACUGGUGGAGAACGAGGAAUUAAGAGUUCUGAAAUCGAAGGCUAUCUGAAAACUAAGAUCUCGAAAAUGGGCCAUAUGAUCCAAUAA